UCAAGCAGUUAAUUUCUUACACAGAUGAUAAUGAUAUUAUGAAUUUCCUUACAGACACUAUAUCUUAUAUUAAUAAGAGAUUUAAAAAUUUGAAGCAGGAACCACUAUGCUUAUUUAGAACCUUUGACAUAAGUAAAUGGCCAUUUGAUGUUCAACAGUUAGCUUUGCAUGGUCUAUGUGAGAUCAGAAAACUUAUGAAUGAAUAUCUAAAUGAACACUUUACUGAGGUUGAAAUUGACGAAAUCCUUGGACAGUUUACAGAUUUUAAAGUAAAGUGCAGGCAUCUGAAAAGUGAAAAUGUUGUUCAAGUCAUGUCUAGCUAUAUAUUACAAGAAUCAGUUAAGGACACAGCAUUUGCUAAGCUUAUUGAGUGCAUAAUGUCAAUUUCUAUAAGCACAGCUAGUUGUGAAAGGGGAUUCUCACAUAUGAAAACUGUUAAAACAAAUUUAAGAAGUACAAUGACACAGAUUAACCUAAAGAACCAGCUUCUUAUGAAUGAAGGUCCAGAGUUAUCACAAUUUAAAUCAGAUGCCAGUAUUGAACACUGGCUGUUGUCCAGUGAAACUACCAGGCAUGUCAAUCAUCAUAAAUUGCCUGGACCAAGGUCAAAGGACAGAAAUCAAAACUUGAAUAUUCAAGUUGAAAAUGACAAUGCUGUCUUUGAUGUCGAAUUCCAAAAAGAUGCCUGA